UACGCUAUGUAAGUACGCAAUACGCUAGCGUAUUUCUUGGCGGGCAGCCCGGCAAGAAAUACGCAAAGAAAUAUGCGACAAAUUUGCGACAUGGCGAAACCCCACAGGGAUUUCGCCAUGUCGCAAACCGAAAUUUGGCUUUUGAAAUCGUCAACCCAACCCCUUCGCCCCUCCCAACCGCACAGCACCCCACCCAAUCUGCGGCUUCCAAACAAAACCCAAAGAAAUCUCCUUCCUCUCCCUGUGUCUACUCUACUCCAGUAGGGUUUAGCGCACUUGACUCCUAUGACGAAAUCAGGGUACAAGUAAACUGGCGCGCUAACUUCAGUCAUUUCUUCUUCCAAGCUAGCGCGGCCAGCUAGCUGGUUUUUUAGCGACUGCGCUAUGUCGACCCCUCCACCUAGUCCUGGUUCCCGCGGAAACGACGCGGGAACCUCCCGUGCUGUUUGCCCGGGAGGUUCCCGCUCCUGGAGAACACCACCCACACUGUCUUUAAGCAUUUCAAGUUUAAGCAUAAGGAGCACGACAAGCAGCAAAAGUACUGGUGCAAGUACUGCCCCGUAUCCUUUACUGUGGGACAGCCUACCGCUGCACGCAGCACGUCCUUAGUUGGGAUGGUAUGCGUAGGCGCGAGGUUCGGAAAUGCGAGGAGGUAGGGAAGGAGGAGCAGGCUGCCGUCCGCGCGUUCCAAACCGCCAAAGUGCUCGCAAGGGAGGAGGCGCAUAGGGCGGAGGAGUCGGCCCUCGACGCCGUUAGUGGUCGGGGAAAGCGGAAGAUCACCGAUUACCUGUCCGAUGACGCCCAAGCGGCCAAGGCAGUGGCAGACGAGGCUGUUUGCCUCCUCUUUGCCGGCCUCCGCCUUCCCGAGUGCCAUGCCGACCACCCGCUUGGGCGCAACGCCGUCCGGUCCGUUGCGCGCGCGGGGACCAGCUAUGUGCCUCCAAAGCACGACUACGUGGGUGGUGCCGGCUUGCAGCUAUGCCGCAAGCUGAUUGACGAAGGAUUGACGGGCGUCAUGUCGAGCUGGAAGCGCCACGGUGUGACGAUUGCCAGCGACAUGAUGACCGACAAGUGUGGGAGGCCGCAGGCGAAUGUGAUGCUGGUCAAUGACACCGGCGCAGUGUUCGUCGAGAGUAUUGACUGCAAGCAAAAGGCUGGGGUCGAGAACAUCGUGGCGUUCUGCACCGAUGGUGGUAGCAACUACCACAGCGCCUGCCGGCUCCUCAUUGCAGAGAAUCCGCGCAUCGAGCAUGUGCCGUAUGCGACGCACGUGCUCGACCUCCUUAUGGAGGAUGUGGGGCGGCAGGCUUGGGCCAAGGAGGUAGUGGGGCGGGCGAGCGAGCUCAUCAACUACACCCGCAGCCACCAUUGGACCCGACAGUAUCUCAGGGGUGUGGACGGAGGGAAGGGGCUGCAGAUGCUGAGGCCGGUGGGGACCAGGUUUGGGACGCAGCACAUUGCUGUGUCCCGCCUGGAGGAGUUGCGGUCAACGCUGGUGACCAUGGUGCUCUGCAAAGCAUGGAAGGCGGAGUGGGCGGUGGGCCCAAAGAAGGCAGCUGCAGAGACAUUUCACGACCAGAUCAUGGAUAAGGACUGGUGGCUGGCGGCUGAGCUUUUCAAGAGGCUGCUCCUGCUCCCGUUCUAGGCCAUGAGGGCGACGGAUUCGGCAACGAAGGGGAUGAUGGGCCGCAUCUAUGAGCUGAUGCUUGAGCUCACUGUGAAAGUGGAAGAACUGCUGAAGGAGGAGGGGGAUGGGGUGCUGAGUGCGGGAGACA